AAUGAUUGGUGCACAACUACUUCGUCAAGCCACAUAACAAAAAGUCACAUUUAGGAGUUGCUUGUUAUAAAAUAAAAAUAAAAGAUAUUUGACUCCUCUCUACUAAAAGGGUCCAAUGAGACAUGAGCGGAGCUUGCGUCCUCCUGCAGCUGCGGACUAUUACCUCCUCCCACCGGAGACACUGGCGGUCACCACACCCGUGGUCACACCCCUCCGACUUUCAGAUGAACGGUUGUGAAAAAGAAGGUCCCCUUCAGCAGAGAGUGAGCUCCUCUUUGAAGCAGAAGGAGCCACACCCCCCUCAUGUUAAGGAGGAAGAGGAAGAAGUGUGGAUCAGUCAGGAGGGAGAGUGUUUUCUCGGGCAGGAGGAGGCUGGUCUCACCAAGUUUCCACUGACUGUUGUCUCUGUGAAGACUGAAGACCAUGAAGACAAACCACCGGAGUCCUCACAUCUUCAUCACAGUCCAAACAUCCAACGGCUGAUUGGACGUCAGGAAGAACGUGUCCCUCAACCGCAGAAGGAGAGCUUCACUUUAAAGCAGAAGGAGCCACAGCCCCGCCAUUUGAAAGAGGAAGAGCCACAACUCCCUCAUAUUAAAGAGGAUAACAGCAAACAGUCCCCUCCUUUAAAAGGGGGGGAGCCAAAGCCUCAUCAUGUUAAAAAGGAAGAGUUGGAGCCAAAGCCCCCAUAUGUUAAAGAGGAAGAGGAGGAAGUAUGGAUCAGUCAGGAGGAAGAGUGUCUUCUAGGGCAGGUGGGGGCUGAUCUCACUAAGUUUCCACUGACUGUUGUCUCUGUGAAGACUGAAGAGCAUGAAGACAAACCACCUGAGUGCUCACAGCUUCAUCACAGUCCAAGUGAUGAGAACAUAGAGGUGGAACCUUCAAGCAGCAGCUCACCAAAACACAUGACAACAGAAGCUGAUGGAGACCACUGUGGAGGACCACAAGCAGACAAGAUCUUAGCUCCACUAUCAGAUAGUGACGACAUAACAUCAGACGUUGAUGUAAACAUGGAAUCACACCUGAGAACACACACAGAAGAAAAACAUUUCAGUUGUUCAUUUUGCGGUAAAGGAUUCAUGAGCAAAUGUCAUAUAGAAGCACACAUGAGAACACACACAGGAGAAAAACCCUUUGGUUGUUCAGUUUGUGCAAAAGGCUUUGUUGUAAAAUCUAAUUUGACUAGACAUAUGAAAAUACACACAGGAGAAAAACCUUUCAGUUGUUCAGUUUGCUGUAAACAAUUCUCGCUCAAAGGUCGUAUGCAAACACACAUGAGUACACACACAGGUGAAAAUAAUUUCGGUUGUUCAGUGUGUGGUAAACAAUUUGUUUACAAAUCUAAUAUGCUAAUACACGCAAGUAAACACGCAGGAGAAAAACUUUUCGCAUGUUCUGUGUGCGGUAAAAGAUUCUUUACCAAACAUCAUAUGGAAAGACACAAGACAACACACACAGGUGAAAAGCCUUUCAGUUGUUCAGAGUGUGGUAAAAGAUUCUCUCACAGGAGUAAUAUUCAAAGACACAAGAGAAAACACACAGAAGAACAAGCUUUUAGUUGUUCAGUGUGCACCAAACGAUUCUCUCACAAAAGUAGCAUGCAAAGACACAUGGGAACGCACACAGGAGAAAAACCUUUCAAUUGCUCAGUGUGCGCUAAACGAUUCUCUCACAAAAGUAGCAUGCAAAGACACAUGGGCGCACACACAGGACAAUAACUGUUCCUUUUUGAAAGUCAAAGUCUGUUGCAGGGCUUCUCUAAAGUCCAGAUUUCGGUCCAAAAUUGCCAAUCCGCACCAAGCCAGCCCAUCUGUUCAAACUAUGUGUAUUGUCACAGUGCCCAGAAAUAUUAAAUACGUGUGUUAAAUAAAACCUCUGCCAUGUUUUUAAUUACAUAUAUUAAAGCCUACUCUAGGCUACUGUAUUUUAAAAUUGGCCAUUAUGGUGGUAAUUGGAGAGACAAGGGAUUUCUGAGGUGGUACUUGGUGAAAAAAGUUUGAGAACCACUGCAUUAGUAAGUUAGCGCUCUCUAAGCAUCUGCGUAAAGUUUGCAGACUUCCCUUUUAAAGAGAACUGUUAGAAUACAUUGGGUUGUCAAAUAGAGUGCACCUGCUGGUUCACCCGCCAUGGACCUGAUCAGACUUCAGAGAAACAGGAGACCAUUAGCACAUUUCAAAAGACUUUGUCAUAUAAUGAUGUUUAAGAAGCAUUUAAGUCCCAUCUUAAAACUCAUUUGUAUACACUAGCCUUUACAUAGAUCCCCCUUUUAGACUAGUUGAUCUGCGGUCUCUUUUCUGCUCUGCCCCCUCUCCUCCGUGGAGAGGUUAUAAGGUGAUCACUGAGGAAGCGCUAGCUUUUCAAAGUUGGGACCCGGGUGGACCACUCAUCUUUGCAUCAGUUGAUGAUGUCUCUGCGCUGCUGACUUGUCUCCACUCAAGAUGAUCCCCUGCUGGGCCCAAAUCGCUCUUGCUUCUGGUGGCUAUGAUUAUAAACAAUGUGAGGAGUCCAACCCGUGAUGUCACGCGCACAUCGUCUGCUACUUCCGGUACAGGCAAGGCUUUUUGCUCUUACUGCUGGUGGCUCACAUUAUAAACAAUGUGAGGAUGUGAGGAGCCCUCACACCGGUGACGUCACGCGCACAUACUUCCAGAAAAGGCAAGGCUUUUUUAUUAGCGACCAAAAGUUGCAAACUUUAUCGUCGAUGUUCUCUACUAAAUCCAUUCAGCAAAAAUAUGGAAAUAUCGCAAAAUGAUCAAGUAUGACACUCAGAAUGGACCUGAUAUCCCCGUUUGAAUAAGAAAAUCUAAUUUCAGUAGGCCUUUAAGCGAAUGUUUACUAGUGUUGUGUCACACCUAUGGAUCAUGUUUUGUUUUGUCAUGUUAUGUUUUUGAUUUUGGACAAUCAGUCACGUUUUGCACUUCCUGGUUUUGUUUGUUUCCAUGCCAACCUCAUUAGUUUUAUCCUAGUCAUGCCCCUGCCCUCAGUCCCGCACCUGUUCCUAAUUAUCACAGCCACUACUUAAAUCAUUUUCUUUCUGUCCAUCAUUCUGGGAUUUUUGCAUUCUGCUUCAUGCCACAUUUCUAUCACAAACCUCCACGCCUUGCCACGCUGCUAAACAUUUGGACCACGCCACGCAAGAUCCUUGUAUUCUUUCGCCUAAGUGCUGGUUUUUUUUGGUUUAUUGUUAGCAUCGUUUGUUCAUUUAUAGAUAGCCAUGCCAUUGUGCUGUUUUUGUUAACGUUUUAACAUAUAUUAUUACCCGCCAUCGAGCGUGCUUUUUGUUUUGCCUUUUGUAUUUAAGUAACAAAUAAAAAUGUACUUACA